AUGUCUCGUAAUACCCGUCAACGAUGGCAGACACAGACUAAUAUGACUUCUCCACAAAUGUCCACCACUAAUGAUAAAAUAAUCGAAGCAAAAGAGGCUGUCAACUCGCCAGAUCUCUUCAAAGAAUCUCCAGAGUAUAUUCAGGAAGCUUGGCAGAAAGUACGCCAAGCAUAUGAGGCUACUGCUAGCGAAUCUCAAGAAUGUCAGCCUUUUCCCCUUUGGGCUCUCAACCAAUUUAAGCACAACCAUAUAGAGAAGGUGAUACGCUUGGGAUAUCCUGAGGAUAUCGGACUGCUCAAAUCAUAUGCGCCCUCUGCGCGCGAAUUUUUUCAAGCCGAACCAUGGAGGUUCAUUCUUUUCUUCAAUUCUAUUGAGCAAGGAAGAGCACGAGCAUUAAAUGAUAUUAUGAAAGUUCGCGAACCUUUCGCAUUUAAGCAGCUAUAUAAGGAAGUUCGACGUAACCGGUUUUCCCGAAUCCAAGCCAGAACGAAUGCUAAAAGCAAAACGAAUGCCCAAAUUGAAUUUCUGCCAGCUGAUUUCAUGCCAGCUGAUUUCAGAGCAUGCUGCAACGAAAGCAUUAUUAUUGAAGACGAUAGUGAGACCGAGUUUAUUGAAUGCUCAGAUGAUGAGGAAGAGGAUGAGAUCAAUGAAGAGGAUAAUGACAGCGAACCAGAAAAUGUCGUCUUUUCCCCCGAAAAUCCUGGCCUUGACCACGAAAUCGGCUAUAUAGUUGGCCAUGAUGCUCAUACGAGCGGUGAACAGGGCUUAGAAGAAACAGACUGCCUCAGCGGUAAUUCUAGUUGCCUAAACAUACCCCAUUCGCACACCAUCAUUCAGGACAACGCGGAAGCUCCAGAUGAAGCGAAUACAGCCGAUGUGACACCAAACCAAGUUGAACAAGAGGCAAGAAGGCGCGAUACAAGCCCCGAACAACCUACACCUCCGAAUCUCCACCGUGAUAAAGGCAGCGCGUUGAGUAUUGAAGAACAGUUCCUCCAGACUCUCCGGGACGGACCAACAAUGCUCCUUAAACUUGAAGAACUGAAAGCGGUAGGAGAAGCUGCUGAGGAAAACAUCAAAAAUUUUAAAGACAAGAUCAGCGCAAAUAAAGAACAAUUGCUACAGGUUCUUCAGAGCGCACCCUCGGAAAAUUUUAUUUCUGAAAUGGCUCCAUUGUAUUCAGACAUUGUAAUACAAGAUGGGAAACGCAAGAUGGAAGAAGAGAACAAGAUCGAUACGGAUAGGAAAAAGGCAAAGCUUGUGGCGCAGUUCAACGCUACAUCCAAUCAAUUCGUGGCUCAACUCAGAACAAAUGUUCAGCGCCACGAAGCCGCUUCAGAAAAAACACCGCAGUAG